AUGGUACGCUUGCAUGCAGCUAUCGUUUCGUUUGCGUCAGGGAAAAAGAACUUACAGAUCAAUCUGUCAAAUGGAUUAGCGUACAUUAUAACUGGAGAAGUAGAGAAUUCGCUCUCCCCAAAUGACGAGGAUAUUAUUGAUGACGAGAACUACUGGCUUGGUCUCGGUAUGGUGGAUGUCGAGGCUGAAACGGAGUCAAUGCGUCACGAAGCCGAAGUUCGACUGCGAGCCCAGUCGAACGAGCUAAAACGAUUCCACGACAAAGUUUGUUUACGCGUGACGGAACGAGAACGACAGAAUCGUCUUAAUGCCCAGCGUGCACAGAAGUGCUUGGAUGCAAAAUGUGCAAAAGUGUUUUCAACCACGGAAUUGGUACAGCAUACAGGAAACUCUGGGACUGCACGAAUCUCGUCCCGCCCCUACUUUCAGAAAAUGAAAGAGGACAAGAAAGCCAUUCUAAAGGAUUGCCCAUUAGGAAAACACAUUGAAAAGAUGCUGCGUUUAGAUUCCCAGAUUCGGGAUGAUUUACUACAAUCAACUGAAACUUCAAGCUCACAAGAGUUAUCCAACAGCAGAAACGAAAACGGUGAUAACGAAGAUGUAAGCGAGACGACUGCGUCAUCAGCUUUGCUUCCAGAGCAGCGUGUUGCUCUGUACGCAACAGUUCGACGGCAAUACAUGGAAAUGAAUCGCGCCAAAGUGAAAAACAACGUUUGGCGAGACAAUUCUCAUUCUCCCUCCCCAAGCACGAAAUCUCCAGUGUCAAAAACCUCGACAGUAGGUCGAGUCAGCAGAGAUCAUCGCGAUAGUACAGACCACAAUGAGCAUACUGAACGUUGGGCUACGACUUUAACUGGUGUUAAAGUCAUCGAUAUGACUUCGGGGUGUGACGCUCGUGUGCAUCGUCAAACCACCACAUCGUCGACGCCAUGGAGGAAAAAGUCUGCAAAAGGCUCCAAAACUCAAGCAGCAACGAAAGAACAUGAGCGAUUUCUACGAGCUCUCCAAGCACAACUAGGAACUCCCGCUCUCUGCUCAUGUGCUAAGGCUGGGUCGUCGACGCAGCCAUGUGCUAACAACUGCGCGCUGUACAAGCAGCCCAAGAAGCGUGAGAAACUCCUCACUAGUGUGUACAAACAGCAACAGCUAGACGUUACCACAGCUGCCUCUCCGACCCGCUAG